GUGCUGACGUCACCGUCCGUACGUCAGUGUGCAGGAAUGUGCGGAAACUUCUUCUUCACUUUUUUCUUUCUGCGCUGUUUGCUCGUCGAAGAUAGAAAAAGUCCUGAAGCCGGAAACAAGUGAAUGAAAGUGGAUCAAAAGACCCUCAGACUCGCUUCUCCUUCCUGCCAAGUUGAAGAGCUUAAACCAACAUGGCCGCUCAAACGGUGUUCUCCGUGGAGAUGUUCCCCGUCAGCGUUCCUCUGAUGGAGGACGCUCAGAGUGACAUGCCGAGGAACACGCUGCCGGCUCCUCAGCUGGUGAUGCUGGCCAAUGUAGCGGCGGUGACGGCGGCAGAGAGCUCCGGCGGUGACGGUAGCGCGGUGGACGAGAAGGAGAUGAUGGAGCUGAAGACGGUGGGAUGCAGCUACUCGGACAGCGAGGAGGAGAACAUCGUCAGGUACAGUUACGACAACCAGAACUACAGAGAGGUGUGUAUCCUCGAGUACCCCGAGUCUCCCAGUCCCAACAUCGUUGCCGUGGUCGUAGGAAACGACGUAGAGGAGGAAGGGGUCAAAGCUGAAGACCUGUCCCAUCACACUAAGCCCCGCCCCUCUGCCUGCACCAAAACACCUGAGCAGGUCGUCGAACGUCCACGCGUCCCUGUUGCCGUGAUGGAGACCACCAAGAAGAAGAAGCCCUUCCAGUGUAAGCCGUGUCACUUCCAGGCCCAGAACGAGCAGGAGUUCGUCAAACACCUCGGCACUCACGGCGUCAGCAAGAUGAUGGUGGUGAAUCGGGUCGAGGGCAGGAGCAAGACCAGGACCAAGGACGCACCCGAGAACCAGGAACCGUCCGGAGGGGAGGCGGAGAGUGGUGAGGAGGCGGCGGCAGGUGAUGUCAAAGGUCUGAUCCGGUGCGAGCGGUGUGGCUACAACACCAACAGAUACGACCAUUACAUCGCUCACCUGAAACACCACAGCAAGGAGGGCGAAGACCACAGGGUGUUCAAGUGCACUCUGUGUCCGUACACCACCGUGAGCCAGUACCACUGGAGGAAACACCUGAGGAACCACUUCCCCAGCAAACUGCACACCUGCAGCCAGUGCUCCUACUUCUCUGACCGCAAGAGCAACUACAUCCAGCACAUCAGGACGCACACAGGUGUCCGUCCUUUCCAGUGUCCCUACUGCGACUACUCCAGUUCUCAGAAGACCCACCUGACCCGCCACAUGAGGACUCACUCUGGUGAGCGUCCUUUCAAGUGUGAGAGUUGUAACUACCUGGCAGCCAACCAGCACGAGGUGACCCGCCACGCCCGGCAGGUCCACAACGGCCCCAAACCUCUUUCCUGCCCGUACUGCGAGUACAAGACCGCCGACCGCAGCAACUUCAAGAAGCACGUGGAACUCCACCUGAACCCUCGACAGUUUCUCUGCCCUCUCUGCAAGUACGCCGCCUCCAAGAAAUGCAACCUGCAGUACCACAUCAAGUCCAGGCACUCCGGCUGCGACGUAUCCGUGGACAUCUCCAAGGUCAAGCUGCGCGUCAAGAAACCCGGUGCUGACAGUGCAGAGGAAAACCAGGACUCUGGUGCAGGCAAGUUUGACAAUUCAUCCGGCGUCGAGGAGGACUUUGACAUGGAGGACGAGGGCGAGGGCGAGGACUCGAGUCCCAUCAAUCUGUCAAUCAAAAAGAGCAGCCAGCCCAGCAUCGCCCAACCGGUUCAAACUGAAGCACCUGACAAGCCUCCGAAGAAAUCCAGCGUCACCGCUGAGAAAGAGAAACUACAGAAAGUAAAAGAGAAGGUGGAACCAGAGAAAAAGAUCACAACGAGGCAGAAGAAGACUGAGAAGGUCAAUGAGAAUCCUCUAGAGACGGAGACAAUAACUGCUGCUGUUAAUACAGACAAGGUGAAGAGACGAGUCAAGAAAACAACGGUCCAGGUCCAGACGGAGACGGACAAACCAGACCAACAAAGACCAGAGGAGGAAAGAGAAGUGAGGCAGAAAGAGGAAGAGAAGGUGAGGCCUGAGAAGGGGAGAGGACAUCAGAAGAACGAUGGCACCGGAAAGGAGAACAAAAGCCUCAACAAGCCGAGGAAGUCUGGAUCAAAGAAGUCACAGAAAAUACCAGAACAUGUGGUUGAAGCUCAGCAGAAACCGGGCGGUCCUGAGAAAAAGGAAAAGGUGGUGAAGGAAAAGGCUGCCAAGAGGAAAGCAGCGGAGGCUCUCGACCUUUCCAAAAGGUCCUCGUCUGAGACUCCAUCCAAGGCCAGACGGCUGAAAGCUGGCGCUGCAGAGAAGCUGCAGGUGAAACCUGCUUCAGAAGACACUAAGAAUAUAAAUGAUGCCGCUCCGCCACCACAGAGGUCCACCGGGUCAGACAGGACCGGGUCAUCCCCUGUAAAGCAGAAGAAGAUCAGGAACACCAGCAAGAAAGCCACGAGCCUUCAACAAGCUGUGGAUCCAGUUAAGGACCAGAAGACUUCAGUUCACAGUCCAGAAGCAUCUGCUGAGCUGGACCACCCGAAGAAGACCUCCACUGAUGAAACCACUCCAACACUGCCGGAGAAGACUCUGAACAAACCCACCUGCAGCUCAGGUGAGGACACGCCUUCUCCCGCCGAAGACCGCCCCGCUCCCACGUUCGUUAAACCCACAUCGCCGCCUUCUCUGGUGCUCCCAGGCCAGCGAAACAAAACCAGCGACCCGGAGGACGACGAGGGCAUCCACAGCAGCCACGAGGGAGGAAGUGACAUCAGCGACAGCGCCUCCGAGAACAGUGACGACUCCGGCCUCAACAGCAACGACGCCGGGUCGGGCAAGAUGGCCAACGACCCCGAGACGCCCACCGACGAGAUCCCGUCCCCGACGGAGCUCAAGAGUCACCUGUGCAUCUUCUGCGACCGCACGUUCCCGUUGGAGGCGGAGUACCGGCGCCACCUGAACCGCCACCUGGUCAACGUCUACUACCUGGACGACACCGCCAAGGUACAGGAGUGAGGAUCCGUAUCCAGUUCAUCCCAGUUAGCUGGACCAGUUUGAGAGCCUGGACUCUAAAAGACGCCGAGAUAGACUCUGUAUGUCUUGUAACAAGGAGUUCCUUAAAUACGGUAAACACACUUUCGGCCUUUUGGGUCAAAAUUGGUGCCAAAACGUAGUUCGAUUUUUUUUUUUUUUUUUUAUCUUAUCUUUCCUUAGUCUCCAGAUUUGGGUAAAGUGUUUUGUAACAAGCUCUCUGUUCCAAAAUGUGUGAGAAUCUAAACGUUAGAAUGUGUGAUGCUGCCCCCUGGUGUCCAUCCAGAGAACCGGCUCGCUGGUCUGGUUCUACCUGCUUCACCUGGACACACCUGAGAUCAGAUCAUGAUGAUGAGAUCAGAUCAUGAUCACCCGAGAUUCGUGUCUUUCCACCGUAUCAAUGACUUCAUGUUGAACAUUUCAUCGUCUGGAGGAAACUUUUUCCAAAGUGGAACAUUCGGUGCCUUUGACAAUCAACUCGGUUUGUUUGAUUUUAGACGGUUAGUCUGCAGGUUUGUCGCUUUUAUAGAAAAACCUUUCUUUAACUUGUACAGUGUGCAUAUUUACUUCUGUGAGUUCUGAUUGGUUAACAGGAUUCUACAGUUUAUUGUAAAACAUCAGUUAAUAUAUCUCACUUAUUCCACAGAAGAAGAUUGUGACAGAUUAUCAUCAAAGUCUAAACUUUAACUGUAAAAAUAAACAGCUUGUUUCUCUAUAUAUAUAAAAAAAAAUUAUUUUUUUUUUUUCCCCUUCAGUCGAGAAGCCAAAGUAAGUUUGAAGCAUAUUUUGUGAUUGUAAAGAAACUUUCCCGCCUUUAAUUUGGAAAAAACAAGCAGGUUUGUGAUGAAGAUGUGAAUCCUGAGUUAAAAGUCAUAUUAAGUUUGGCACAAUGAGUUGAAUCAUAAACAUGAAUUGUUAUUUUCUUAUAGAUGAUUCUGUAUAUUAAUCUUCUCUUUAGGAUCAAACUGGUGUUAUUCAUAACAUCUGAUUGUUAUUAAAGAUGCAGAACACCAUCUUUGUCCUUCAUCUUGGUUCAUUAGUUAAUAAUAAAGUAGAACAUAUGAAUCAGAACUUCAGGAAUAUUAUGGUCUGUCUUCACUUUAACACGUUUGAUUUACAUUUAAUCUGAGUUUUAUAAAAUAAAAGGAUUUUAUGAAUCAACGAGGUCAUUUGUUAAUGAUAAACAAGAGACAAAUACCAAUAGACUAGUAACAACCUGUAUCAAAGUUAUAUAUAAUUGUCUGAAAUAAAAUAUUGCUCAGGGUAUAUUAUAUACAUGUAUAUAUACACACACA